UGGUAGAGAUCUUGAAGCCACCAGCUUCCACAGGUUGGAAGGUCUUUAAAUUCCCGUAGUAUUCGGAAAAGCAGAUUCUUUAGCCCUUGCAACUCAAGAUCAUUCCCAGGCCAGCAGCUUCGGCAGACUAUCAGGAGCUGCACAAUCUCAGCCACAUCCUCGUCCACACUGCCCUUGCGGCUGAGAUCCACUUUGCUCAGACACUGCGCCUUCCAUCUUCUGAACUCUGCGCUACGAUCCAUGCGAGUCUCUAGAUCACCAUGGCGACUGGACGGAAGUUGAUGAGAGCUAUUAGAGUUUUUGAAUUUGGUGGACCAGAAGUGCUGAAAUUCCGGUCAGAUGUUGCAGUACCAAUUCCAAACGACCAUCAGGUUCUAAUCAAAGUCUAUGCAUGUGGUGUAAACCCCGUGGACACAUAUAUUCGCUCUGGUACUUACAGUAGAAAACCAUUCUUACCGUAUACUCCUGGUUUGGAUGUGGCUGGGGUAAUAGAAGCCAUCGGGGAUAAUGUAACUGCUUUCAAGAAAGGUGACAGAGUUUUCACUACCAGCACGAUCUCUGGGGGCUACGCAGAGUUCGCUAUCGCAGCGGAUGACACUGUUUACACACUGCCAGAAAAACUGGACUUUAAACAAGGCGCUGCCAUUGGUGUCCCAUAUUUUACUGCUUAUCGAGCUCUGGUCCACAGUGCCCAUGCAAAAGCUGGAGAAAUUGUUCUGGUUCAUGGGGCUAGUGGAGGAGUAGGACUAGCAGUGUGCCAAAUCGCAAGAGCUUAUGGCUUAAAGGUUUUGGGCACAGCUGGAACUGAGGAAGGACGAAACAUUGUUUUGCAAAAUGGAGCCCAUGAAGUGUUUAAUCACAGAGAAGCUAAUUAUAUUGAUAAAAUUAAGAAAUCUGUUGGUGAAAACAAAAUUGAUGUUAUUAUUGAAAUGUUAGCUAAUGUAAAUCUUAGUAAUGAUUUGAAUCUUCUGUCAUAUGGAGGACGAGUAAUAAUUGUGGGCAGCAGAGGUCCUAUUGAAAUAAACCCACGGGAUACCAUGGCAAAGGAAUCUAGUAUAAUUGGACUUGCUCUCUAUUCAUCAACCAAGGAGGAAUUUCAGCAAUUUGCAGCAGCUCUUCAAGCUGGAAUGGAAGUCGGUUGGUUGAGACCCGUCGUAGGUCCUCAGUAUCCAUUGGAGAAAGUGGUCCAGGCUCAUGAAAAUAUCAUUCACAGCAGUGGGGCUACUGGAAAAAUGAUUCUUCUCAUAUAAUGAUUAAUUCUUUCAUGUAUUUCCUGUGUAAUUAGAGGUUUCUUACUCCAGUGUUACUUACACUAUCUUUGCUUUAAUUGGCAUUCAUUUGAUUCAGUGAGUUUCUUAUACUAAAAAACAAGAUUUUCCUUUAGAGAUCCUGGGUAUUAGGUGCACAGCUUGUGUUAGAGCUGGCAAUAUUCUUCACGCCUUUUACCUGCAAUCAGACAGUCAUAGUAGAAAGUAGAAUGUUGUGGUCAUUGGCAUUGGGGUGCAUUGGCGAAAUUCCUGAUAUUUGAUCGUGAAUUUCAUGCCUUUGACUAAAACAUUCUAAUGAUAAUUCUAAUGAUAAAUAAAAAUAAGACAGUUUUGAUUUCCAAGCCUACUUCUCCUUAUAAAGUUUCUUUCAUUCCUGAUGAGCCCAGAACUGUAUUACAUUUUGAAGAUUUUCUGGAUCAGACAAGACCCUUUGUUCAAACUAAUCUUAUCUAGAUCAAUGAGUCUCUUAGAAGGGCAUGAUAAACAAUGUCCAGACACAUUUGUUAGUUUUCCAAUUUUUACCAAAAUGCUAGAACAUUCACUGUGUUAAUAGUUGAUUACCAAUGAUCCACAUGUCUUGUGAGGACAGCAGCCUUUUCUUUGGUAUAAUAUGAUCCUAGCUGCCUGGUCUCCAGAUAGACACUUCUUGACUGGCUUGAUUUCAAAUUAGAUUUAGAAUUAUCUGUGCAAUAGGGAUCAUAUAUUUUUUAAAUAAGUAAACAAAUUUGACACAUUUAGAAUGAUCUGCUUUUGUUUUCUAACAUGGUAACCUGCAAUGAUUCUAUAGGAAAUGAAAAACCAGGUUUUCCUAGUUUUUCUUUGUAUUGUACUUCACUUUUACAUAGCUCCUAAUGGUCACAUCCUAACAGUGUUACAUGCUAAGUCUUUUUUAUCGAAACUAAAGAAAGAAAUGAUUGCAUAAAA